AUGAGAUUACCAUGGGCCAAUCAUGGUGAUCAUUUGCAAAUCGAAGCGAAUCCAAUCAGUAGUCUCUCGACGGUUCCCGCUUCUCCCCAUUCGGUGCCGCACAGGUCGUCUCACCGUUUCGUAGAGACAGUUGGAGUGGUCGUUGCUGCUACUACAGUUCUUUUUCUCGUCUUCAGAUGGUCUUCUCUCCGAAGGCGAAGGGCCAUAUCUAAACAAUUUUCUGAAGACGGCUCGCCUCUGCCAAGGAGUGACGUUGAACCCUUCGAGUGGCAGACUGGCGAGUUUGCUACCGCAGAUGUUGAAUUCCGUAGUGCUUCGGGGGUGGACGAGGAAGGCGAUGUUGUUGAACUGCAGAUCCAAAUACUCACGCUAAGUGCAGACGAUGCUUCGACGCUGUCCCCAGCAGAGAAAAGGAUGGUGGCAAUGGCUUUGGAGAGCAUUCAGUUCGUCGGCGACGAGCUGGACGUGCUGCAUGCAAAAGCGACGGAAAUAGAUAUCAAGAUAUCCGGUGUGCAGGAUGAAAUUGAACAGGUCACGGAGGACUAUGGAGCUCGCCAGGAUUACCGGACUGAUGUCGUUGAGGCUCUGCAGAAAGAGGUUGAAAGGCUGGAGGAGCAGAGCGACAUAGCCUGGGAGAGGUAUGAAGAAAAAAGCCGACAGAGAGAUCAGAUGGGAUAUGCAGCAGUGCAGGAGCAGCGGUCUGCACGUCUUCUGUCGGACAGUGCGUCUAGAAGCAGCAGAGAUGGCACACCUCCCCUCACCCGUAGGGCAGCCGCAGCUGUUGCUGCCGCAGAGAGGGUGCUCCAGGUUGUGCGUCGUCAUUCGCCUUUCCCUGUAAAUCCUCGCCCUUCUUCCCUAUCGCAGCAAGCAGGCAUGGCAGAGAAGAAUGCGAGAGUACACACGAGGGCACUGGCGCAGAUAAUGCAGCAGUGGGACGGAGACCCUACUGCGCUGGUUGCAGCAGCCGAAGAAGCCUUGGUAGAGGCAAAUGCAGUCCUAGGACAGCUGGGUGCGGGCAGUAUGAACGAAGCCUCUAGCAGCUUGAAGGCCGCAAUAAGUAAGCUUGAAGAAUUUACUUCUGCGGCCAGAAAGAUAAAGCCAGUCAGUAAGUCCAUCAGAAGCGUGGCAACCAAGGAGACACCAGAAGCAGCCAAGGCAGUGGCUCGGGUUAAGGAGCAGAGCAUGUUGGCUCUGCGGGUAAGUCGAGACCUUGGCAAGAUGCAGAGGAGUAUGGACGGGACAGAAGAGCAUUUCCGCAAGAUGGAAGCUCUAUUUGGAGAUGCCAGCGGCCAUACUGGGAUCAAUGAACUUCUGGAAAGCGAUAUGCGACAAUGUCGGUGUGCGUUGAACGACGCGAAAACCCUGUACAAAAGUAUGAUGGCAUUCACUGCCUUCAGGCCAGUGGCCCCAUUCCUCGCGAACAAUUGCGUUGGGCUGAGGCUCGCCAUGGAUGCUGCACAGACACAACUCGUGCAGGCAGCAGACACUCUAGCUUCAGCGUGGGAAGCGGAGCUGAAGGAAGCAAUUGAGUCCUUCAAAUUACAUGCAGAUGAUGAUGCUGCAGAGCACCUCAGCUCGCGGGCAGAUGAGGGGGAUGAAGCCUUGGCCCGUAUUUAUCGCCUUGCAGAUCCUUCACCUCAAUUUGAAGAGCUUGAAACGGCGCUAGAGCGAGCGAAGCACCUCGUUGCCGAGUUCGAGCAGCAGCACCAGCAAAAACAGAAGCAGGCGGGGCGAGAAAAGCAAGAGGACACAACGGGUGUAGGGGUUGUUUCGCGAUUCAGACAAUGGCUGAGAGGAGAGAGAUCGGGACAGAAGUAG